AACUUGAGAAUCUAAGUGAUGCUCCAUUUUCCGGUGAUGAAGAAAAUGGUGGGUCUGAGGAACAAAAGACGGAAAUCAAUGGAAAUUGGAUUCCUGCAACUUCAAUUACUGAAGCCAAAAUAAAUGCUAAAGCAAAGAGACGGUUGAGGAAAAAUUCUUCUAGAGAUUCUGGGAGAGGAGACUCUGUUAGUGACAAUGGAGAGACACUGAAGGUUGGAGUUGUACCAACAAGCCCAAAGGGCAAACUCCUGGAUAGGCGAUCCCGGUCUGGAAAGGGAAGAGGUCUACCAAAGAAAGGUGGAGCAGGUGGUAAAGGAGUUUGGGGAACACCAGGUCAAGUGUAUGAUGUGGAAGAAGUAGAUAUUAAGGAUCCUAAUUAUGAUGAUGACCAGGAGAACUGUGUCUAUGAGACAGUAGUUUUACCUCUGGAUGAAAGAGCAUUUGAAAAAACUUUAACACCAAUCAUACAGGAAUAUUUUGAACAUGGAGAUACUAAUGAAGUUUCGGAGAUGCUGAAGGAUUUAAACCUUGGUGAAAUGAAAUACAGUGUGCCAGUGCUGGCUGUUUCCUUGGCAUUAGAGGGGAAGGCUAGUCACAGGGAAAUGACAUCUAAGCUUAUCUCUGACCUUUGUGGGACAGUAGUAAGCAAAAUCGAUGUGGAAAAAUCAUUUGAUAGACUGCUUAAAGAACUACCUGAAUUGGUGUUGGAUUCUCCCAGGGCACCACAGUUGGUGGGCCAGUUUAUUGCUAGAGCUGUUGGAGAUGGAAUUCUAAGCAAUACCUACAUAGAUGGCUACAAAGGCACUGUGGAUUGCGUCCAAGCUCGAGCUGCUCUGGACCGAGCUACUGUGUUGCUGAGUAUGACAAAGGGUGGAAAGCGUAUAGACAACGUGUGGGGGUCAGGAGGCGGCCAGCAGACUGUGAAACACCUUGUUAAAGAGAUUGAUAUGUUGCUGAAAGAGUAUUUGCUUUCCGGAGAUGUACUGGAAGCUGAACGUUGCCUUCAGGAACUGGAAGUACCCCAUUUUCACCAUGAACUUGUGUAUGAAGCUGUUGUGAUGGUUUUGGAGUCAACUGGAGAAAAGACCUUUAAAAUGAUACUGGAUUUGUUGAAAUCUCUCUGGAGGUCUUCUGUCAUUACUGUGGACCAAAUGAAAAGAGGCUAUGAACGAGUUUAUCGUGAAAUUCCAGAUAUUAACCUGGAUGUGCCACACUCCUAUUCUGUGCUUGAGCGGUUUGUAGAGGAAUGCUUUCAGGCUGGAAUGAUCUCCAAACCACUGAGAGACCUCUGUCCUUCAAGGGGCAGAAAGCGUUUUGUGAGUGAAGGAGAUGGAGGUCGUCUUAAGCUAGAAAGCUACUGAAUGUGAGAACCAACUCCUGAAGCCUUAUAAGUUUAAAGGGAAAAUAGAUAAUAUAGAUAUAUACAAACACGCAUGCUUUUUUGGUGUGUGUAUGUAUAUAUGUAUACACAUAUAUAAUAUACCAAAAUUUUAAGAGUUGCUUAGCACAGUUCAUAUUUUUUUAAAAGCACAUGUUUUGGGUACAAAUUGGUUUUUUUAAAAUAGUUUUAUAAAUUUUAGAAAGAAAACUUCUUUUUUUGGGGCAUAUAGUAAAACAGCUGGCCACUCUGCUGUGGUGGUGCCUUCAAAUAAGCUAUCUUUUUAAGUGCCAUAUGUUUAUGACCUAAUCAUUCCAUGUUUGCAUCGAUGUCUGACUGCCGCUCUUUCUUUCAAGGACAGUGUUGUCAUCAUAAAUCACUGGUUUAUAC